GGUGUUGCUCAGUUCGCGCCACUGCCCAGCCUUCAGGUUGGGAGCCGUGACGUAUUUACUGACAGGGACACGCGAGUUUUCGCGCCGGUGCUCUAUUUGCUCGCGAAGGCACUAUUUGGGGAGAUAAACCGAACCAACCGUCCCGUUCCUUUCCGUUUUACCGUUUUGCGUCAACAAGUUCACCUCCAGACUCUCAGUCUGUGUCUGUCACCGGGAGGGAAAUAACUGGACCGCUGCUCUCUCCUGCUUCACAAACUCACCAAAGGAGAUUUAUUUCCAUUAAACUUUGGAUUUUUUUUAAACAACGGUGAAAACCUGAAUCGGAGCACGCAGAGAAUGAUGGCACGCCGCAUUGACCGAAACCUGGUUUCCUUGUCCAUGUUUGGAUACUUGGUUUGGCUAACGGUGGUUUCUGUCGUUCACGCUGACGGUCGUGUGUUCUUAUUGGACCAGAGAAACACGUCUGACUCCGGGGGAUUGGCUGAGGCGGAACAUGCGUGUGCUUCCCAUGAUGCCCGGCUGGCGUCAGCCGAGGAGCUGCGUCACGCCGUGGUGGAGUGUUCCUUCUCUGCCUGCACACGAGGAUGGCUGGACGAGGGCAGCGUGGGGACUACAGUGUGUAGUAACUUGGGCAGUGCUCUGAAGGCAGUGGAUGUGAAGAUAGAGAACACUACAGAGGACAACACAGACCUGGAUGUCUUCUGUGUCAAAGACAAGGGUGGUCCAUGUGGAGACCCCCCUGCGUUCCCCAACACGCAUCUCCAGGGCCACACAGGGUUUGAGAUGGGGGACGAGCUGCUGUACUCCUGUCUUCCUGGUCAUGUGAUGCCCAGCGGCCACUCAGCCUUCAGUCUGCUGUGUGACAGCUGUGGAGAGUGGUACGGACUGGUACAGCUUUGUGUAAAAGACAAGACAGAGGCCCACAUUGACUAUGAAGAUAAGUUCACUGAUGACGAUCACCACCUCUCCUACGACACCCCUACUGAGGAGGAGGACACAGAGGAGGAACCGGUAGAAGAGGAGGUGCAAGAGGAGACAGCAGAUGUAAAUGUGGAGGAGGACACAGGAGAAGAGGGGCACAGGGAUCAGGAGCAGCAGGAGGCCAGCUUCAGCAUGACGGGAGUAGAAGAGCAGGAUGUGGAGGCGGGAGGAGAGGAGGAAGCACAGGGAGGAGAGGAGCUGUCUGCGGGAGAGGAGGAGCAGCAGGAGGAGGAGGUGGGGGAAGGACUGGUGACUGGAAGAGAGGACGAGGAACUGGAAGACUCGACAGACCAUCCCGUCGACGAGGAGAAGCAGGAGGAGGAGGGGAUGGGCAUGACGGAGGCGACUGAGGCGCCCGUCUCCCUGCUUUCCCAGAAGCACCUGUUCUGGUUCCCCUCAGAGGCCUUCCAGGAGGCGGGACAUGGGGAACCCACCCACCUGCCAGUCACACAGGACACACCCCCUGAGCGAGACAACCGUGUCAGGGCCUCCGGCACCGAAUCAGAGGAGAGCAAGGAAGACAACAGCCAACCAGAGGAGACAAAGGAUCAUGACAGCCAUGAGGGUCAAUUCCAACAACCAAUUGACCACAAUGACCAUGAUGACCACGAAGAUGAUGUUGACCAUGAACAUAUUGACCGUGAAUAUGAUCAUGACGAUCAAACAGAUCCUGACCACGAUGAAAGUUCUGAACAAGUUUUUGAUGGUGAAGACCAUGUCGUUGAACACCUUGACCACGAUGAUCCUGACACCCAUGAUGGCCAUGAACAUGACAACCAUGAAAGCUAUGAUAGUGAAGAGGCCCACCGUGAGGACCAAGGAGAACACAAGGAGGAUGACCAUGAGAAGGGGGGUCGGUAUGAUAACGGACACGACGAGCAUUACAACAUGGGUGAACACGAGGAGGAUGACCGCAUUCCCUAUCACAGCCACGGUGAACAUGAAGACCAUGACCACGAUGAUGUAACGGAUCACCAUGACGAUGAUGAUCAUGACCACUCAGAUCCUAGCGAUCACCGCGAUGACCAUGAAGACCAGGACCAUGUCCACGACCACGAUCACCACCAUGACCAUGAAGACCAGGACCAUGUCCAUGACCAUGAUCACCACGAUGACCAUGAAGACCAGGACCAUGACCAUGACCAUGAUCACCACGACGACCAUGAAGACCAGGACCAUGUCCACGACCAUGAUCACCGCGAUGACCAUGAAGACCAGGACCAUGACCAUGACCAUGAUCACCACCAUGACCAUGAAGACCAGGACCAUGUCCACGACCAUGAUCACCGCGAUGACCAUGAAGACCAGGACCAUGACCACGACCAUGAUCACCACGACGACCAUGAAGAUGGCCAUGUCAUUCCAAUAGGAGGGACUACAACAGGCGAGCCUCAGAAUGUAACCCAGGAGGUGGCGGAAGGAGAACCCACAGCCAGCACAGACGAGACCUGGUUGGACGGCUACCCUGUCAGUCAGGAGGAGACCGACACUGAUAAAGUGGGAGGCGGCUCCACAGAGGAAGGGGUGGAGCCUGAGGUGCGAGAGGAGGAAGAGGAGGGUCUUGUGGUUGUUGGGGUGACGGACCGGCCCAAUGAGGUGGAGAUGAGUCGUCCCAUCCCAUUCACGGGCGUCCCCCAGGUCCCCCUGUCCCCCACGCAGGAGGCGGACCCUGUAGAGCAGGAUCAGGACCAGGUGGGAGGACUCAGCCCUACAGCCUCACCCGACUCCCCCCUCUCCCCUGAGGCCACAUCCUCAGAUUCCUAUUCAGCCGACUACACCACGCCUUCUCUGACAUUGUCACUGGACGACGUCACCCCCAGAAACGCAGCCAGGCCUUCUCCCACAGACUCCUGGGAAACCACGGAUCAUGUGCACCCCUUCCUGGAGCACGUCCCCGCCCCCACGGUGUGGACUGAUGAUGUCAUCAAUGAGGAGGAACGUGUAGCUGAGCACAACCUGACUCGACACAGCGGGGAGAGGGAGGGGGAGGAAGGGGAGAGGGAAGGCAAGACAGGGGAGGCAGGGUGUACCGGAGGUGAGGAGGACUGCCCUCCUCCCCCUCCUCCCCCCUCCGGCAGGGGGCCCACGGUGGCGGCCAUUGUCAUUGCUGUGUGCACGGUUGCCCUGGCAGCCGCCGUCGGGGCGUGGUGUUACCGGCGGAAACAGCAGAAGAGCUCGAUGUACGAGAUGAAUGGGAAGGGUCAGAGUCACAGCAGACAUGGACAACAGAUAGAGAUGCAACAGAAGGUCUAAGAGAGAAAGAGAGAGACAGUGGGGCUGCAGAGAGAGUGGAGGGAGGCUUGAGGAGGGUGAGGUGAUGUGGGUUAGGGUAUUUGGGGGGGUGAGUUGAACAACCACACACUACACCUGCAGACACAGAAGAAUGAGUUGACGGGUGAGGAAGGGGUUGAGGGGUGAGGGUAUUUGAACGGUGAGGGUUGGGGCUGAGGAAGUGUUGAGGGUUGCUGGUUAGGGUCGGGUAGAGGGACGAGGGAACGAGAUGAGUGGCUAUGCUAUGCUAAUGCUAGCAGGUGUUUUCAACUCUGGUGACGAACGAGAAGGGACUCCUCCUCCAGAGCUCUGGGACAUUGUGGUUCAGAAUCAUACCUGUUUAUUACUGUUAUUAUUGUGUAAUUACCAUGUUGUUACUGUGUUAUUACCAUGUUAUUACUGUCUUUGAUGAUAUUUUGAUUUCAUUGUUCUUGUGUGAGACAAUUGAACUGUGUUAUGUUGUAUUAUUAGGGCUCUACGUUACUAUGUAGUUGUGUAACAUGGUGCAUGAUUGUAAGGAUUCCUUGUUUCUCACCGUGACAUCAGCAUUUGAAAUUGCUGUCAGAGUUGGCACCCUGAUUUGAGUGGAUGCAUUCAGGGUCCUGUUCAUUAAGCACCAAAUG